CUAUCCUCGUAUUAAUCACUCCGAAACUGGUAAGGCAAAAGAGUAAAGAGAUGGAGAGAUUAAGAUCGCUGUCUCUCACUUUGCUUUGCACUUUGGUCCUUUUUGGAUCUCUAACUCUCACUCAGGCAAAAAGUUCCAAGGAAGAUUUGAAGGAAGUUACUCACAAAGUUUACUUUGAUGUUGAAAUUGCUGGAAAACCUGCUGGUCGAAUUGUCAUGGGACUCUUCGGAAAGACAGUGCCUAAAACAGCAGAAAAUUUCCGAGCACUGUGCACAGGGGAAAAAGGUGUUGGAAAGAGUGGGAAAGCUCUCCACUACAAAGGUAGUGCAUUCCACAGGAUUAUUCCAAACUUCAUGAUACAAGGAGGUGAUUUUACACUUGGUGAUGGAAGAGGUGGAGAAUCUAUUUAUGGUGAGAAAUUUGCUGAUGAGAAUUUCAAGCUGAAGCACACUGGAUCUGGGCUUUUGUCAAUGGCAAAUGCUGGUCCCGACACCAAUGGCUCACAAUUCUUCAUUACAACUGUGAAAACCAGCUGGUUGGAUGGCAGGCAUGUUGUAUUUGGAAAGGUGCUGUCUGGAAUGGAUGUGGUUUACAAAAUUGAAGCUGAAGGAAGGCAGAGCGGCACACCGAAGAGCAAUGUUGUGAUUGCUGACAGUGGUGAACUUCAUCUGUAAUCAUCAUGCUUGUGUUUUGGUGGAUAUAAACUUGGGUGUUUUGUUAUUCCAAUCAAGCUGUGAUGAAAACUCCCAAGAUGAACAUUUUAUGUACUCGGGAGCUUUUCCACUUAGUUGAAGGUUACUUAGUUUAGCUGAACAAAAUCAUGUUUUCACAUAUUGUGUAGGAUGUUAUAGAUGGUAAACGUCACAAGCUUUUUGUUUGUUGCUGAAAAGAGACCUGUUCACUUUGGCCCUCUAAGUGUACGAUAAACGGCUUGAUCCAUCC